UUUAUGACCACGUGAUAUGCUGCUAUGCAUCGAAUUUACUUAUUAUGAUUUUGUACAUAUUAUUUAUAUAUUAUAACACGUUAAAUUAAUGUGAAUAUGAAUAUUUAAUUUAUUUGUCUAAAUACAUUUAAUCUAAAUAACAUCAUUAUUUUGGAAAAAUUUUAAUAGCAAAUAUACUUUAAUUUCUGGUAACAAUUACAUAGUGGUAAACUACAUAAUUGUAGAAAUAAAACAGAAUAGAUACACUACGUUCAGUUGUUAUUUAAAGUCAUUGUCAAUAUUAAAUAAUUUCCCUGCUGUUGACACUGACGCUGACUGGAUAUCAUAACCUUAUCUUAACCUAUUUUUACAAUGAACUUUCGAAAUUUACUGUUUUAUAUUAAGUAUAGAAAUAUCUUAUUUCAAGAAACUAAACGCUAUGCUGGUCAUAGCAAGUGGAAAAAUAUUAAAGCUACCAAAGAAACCAAUGAUAUUGCAAGAUCAAUAUUAUUUAAAAGCAUAUCUUAUAAAAUGAAAGCUGUGGCAGUAGAAACUGGCGACCCAAAUCCAUAUACCAAUGCAAAAUUAGCAAAUUUAGUUGAAUAUGCAAAAAAAGUUAACAUGCCAACAUCUACAUUAAAAGGAAUUCUAGAAAAAAUUCAAAAUAAUUUAAACUCUGGUGAAACUCAUGUAUUACCCAUGCGUAUGUUAAAAGGACCUGCAUUCAUCAUUUAUUUUGUAACUGACAAACUUGCACAUGUAAAAUUUCAUAUUGUGCAUAUAUCCAAAAAAUUUAAUAUCAAACCUUUAGAUUCUUCAACAUUUUCACACAUGUUCGAGUGUGCAAGUUUUAUUAUAGCAUCUAAGGAUUGUACCUUGGAAGAAGCAAUGGAAGAUGCAAUAAAAGCUAAUGCAGAAGAUGUAGAAGAAAUAGAACAUGAAAUUGGUCCAUGUUUCAAGUUUAAAGGUGAAUUUCUUCAUCCAGAAAAAAUUACAACACAAUUAGGAAAUCUAGAAUAUACUAUAAUUUCAGCAGAAAGCAGAUGUAUACCUAAUGUCACAGCUGAAGUAACUGAAGAAGAAUUAUUAAACAUAAGUAAAUAUAAAAAAAAGAUUACAACAGAUAUAAAGGAAAUUAUAAAAAUAGAAGAUAACAUUCUUUUGUAAAAAAUCAUUAAAGUUAUCUCGAUGUUCUGUCCAUGCUUCAUCUGAUACAUUUUUAUAUCCAAUACCUAAACAAAAACAAUUCAUUAAUGUUAAUAGUGUUUAUAAUGUUUAUAAUAUUCUACAUAGGCAAAGUAUAUACUAAUUUAUCACAAAAUUAAUUUUCAAAAAUUUUUAUUUUAUUCAUUUAUAUUCAUAUAAACAAAUCUGAUAUCUGAUGUGAAAUAUUAAAAAUAUUAUGAUUAGAGAUUAUGUUCCUGAAUGUAACCAGUAUUGCAAAUAUUUCAAUAAUUAAAUGUACUAAAAAUAUUAGAAAAUUAAAAAGAAGACAAUAAUACCUUUUACUUUUAUUUAACAACUUUGAUUUUUCAGGUCAUUUUCAGGUUAAUUAUAAUAUUAUUAGAAUGAAUUUCAAAACUACUAA